AUGCCCUGGAAAGAUGAUCUGGAGCGAUUCCAAAAGGAUGCGAUAUGGCGCCAGAUGCAGGAAUACAAACGCGAGAAGAAUGCCCUGGAGACGAAAGUGAAUCAAAUGUCGAAGACUACCAUGCAGCUUAAUGACCAUUUGCGAAUUAUCGAUGCAUGGUAUAACCAGUUGAUCGAUGAAAUUAAAAUCCUUAUUGGCCCGUCGGGAGAAAGUCAAGAACGCCCCUCGUUUAAGAGCUCCCUACUCUUCGACGAUGCCGAGAAAUUUGAGAAACAUUUAAAGUCCCGGUCGGAUGAUAUCCGCGAGAUCAUAUCACGCUGUGCCUCCAAUGCGCCGAAGGUGCCCCCUGAAGUAUCGGAACUGCAAAGCCAAUUGUCCAAAAAAUUGGCUGAAGAAAAAGCUACGAUUACGGAACUUGAGAAGGCCCUCUCCGAAAAGCAACAACUAGAGGAGAGUCUCGAAGAAGCGUCUUUCCGGUACAUGGUGGCGGAGAAGAAACUUGAUCGCGCUCGGAGUGUCACAGUCGCCAAGCUGGAAAAACAGUAUAUUUUUGGGGCACAACGACCGGGGGGUGACAGCGCUUCCUCACAGCGCGAGGAAACCGCGACCCCCAAUGGUGCAACUCCCGUUGCCGAGCGCACCCCGGAAUCGGAGGAGGCACUUCACCGGGUUUCUGCGAUCUCCGAGAAGCAGAAGGAACAGUUGCAGAAAUUAGAGGCCGAGAAUGCCAGUCUACUUGGCCAGAUUACCGAGAUGAAUAUCAAGCGCUCGAAACUGACGGAUGAUGAUUACGCGCACACGGAUUUAUUUAAGCAAUUACGGUCCCAAUAUGAGGAUGUGGUGAAGCGGAUAAAUCAUUUAGAAGCGACUAAUGUGCAAUUGCGCGAAGAAGCCACGAAGCUACGAUCGGAACGGACUGCAUACCGUAAUCAAAUUGACGAAGAGACGCAGAAUGUCAUUGCGGAAAAGGAAGCGCAACUGAUGCGGGCGGAGACGGACUUGGCCCGGAUACGGAAUGCACGCGACGAACUCUUGGCCGAUCAGCAGAUGCGAAAAGCUGCGCAGGAGCAGGAGAAGACGGCAUCACUCAAAGUCCAGGAACUUACCGACGCCGCAAAGGCGCAAAUUGCGUCGUUGGAAUCGGAGGUCGAGCGGCUCCGCCUGCAGCUGGACAACGCCAGGGACAACCAACCCGAAGUCGAUGAAAUUCCAGUCGAAGAGUUACGGGUCAAAUAUCGUAACCUCGAGCGUCAAUAUUCCAUGCUCAAUACCGAACUUACGUCCAUGCAGACCGCCUGCAGGAAGUACUCGUCCCUGGCAUCGCAGAAAGUUUCGGACUACAGCGCUCUGGAAGAGAAGGUCGCGCGGUUAACUGCCGAGAAGUCAAAGGCCGAUCAGAAGUAUUUCGCGGCGAUGAAGAGUAAGGAGGCGCGGGAUAUGGAAGUGCGCACGCUGCGGAUGCAGAAUUCCAAGAGCUCGGAUAUCGUCUCUCAACUGAAGGAAUCCGAAGCCGCCACUCGUUCGUUACUGUCCAACAUGGAGAAGCAAGUCAGCGAGACUCGGGAAGCGCUCAACACCAUGACGCAGAAGCACAACGCCGCACAGCAACAGCUCACCGAGAGUAGCAUCAUGAUGGAUGGUCUCCGAGGACAAAUUACUGAGCUGAAGAACCUCUCGGUCUCCAAAGAUACCGCAUUGGCGAACGCGUCCAGUGCUUGCCGUCAAGCCGAGACGGAGGUGGAAGGUUUGAAGGCCACCCUCGCGGAUACGAAGAAGAGUUUGGAGAAUUGGAAGAAUAAGAGCCUUGGAAAUUCCUCCUCCGAGUAUGAAAUGCUACGGACCUUGGCGCUUUGUACGGUCUGUCGGCGAAACUUCAAGAACACGGCCAUCAAGACCUGCGGGCACGUUUUCUGCCGCGACUGUGUCGAGGAGCGCCUUACCUCUCGCUCUCGAAAGUGCCCGAAUUGCAAUCGAUCCUUUGGCAACAACGAUUACAUGCACAUUACCUUGUGA